GCACUCCCGCCGCCCAGGCACAACGUAUGACGAACGCCUGCCGAAACUAUCGUACAGCGUUGCGUGGAGCUCCCCGCCCUUCGAUCAGGUCCCGUCUGCCGACCAACAAUUCACCACCUGAACACACCUAGGUUCCCUGCCCGAUCACCACGGCACCCGGUAUCCCGUCACCAGUUGUGCCUUCACCCCGAGUCCGAGGACCUGGCGUGACCUUGUAGAUUUUGCGCAAGAAGAAGUUUUCAUUCAUAGAUACCGCCCUACAUCCGACGCCUGCGACACAUUUUUGAAUCCCGAUUCCGGAUCAUACUCGCCGAACGACAACAGACCAGAUUCGUCGGACCCUUUAACAGCCCAGACGUCACCUUUUUUUCAGCCCGCCCACGAUGUUGUUGAGGUUACGCGGUCCCGAUGGCAUGCUCCGCCUGACAUUGGAGAAAGAUGACACCUUUGCGGAUCUUGGCCGUCAACUCAUUCCCAAGCUUCCCCCGACUGUUGACCCGAAAACAAUUACAUUCUCGAACCAUCCGACCGGCAGCGACGCCAAGAAUCUCAGCGAGGUCGCAAAGUUCAAGGUCGGCCAGACUGGGCUCAGCCAUGGCGAUCUUAUUUUUGUCACCUACAAGCACAACGAUGCGGCGACCGACGGCCCAGGCAACAGCGAAGCCACCAAAUCCAGCGUGCUUUCAUCCACGAACCGCCUCAACGGCAAACCGAUCCUACCUGCAGAAGACUUGCCCAUCGACCCCCCUCCGCUGACGUCUCCGCAUGAACAUAUCAAGAACCCGUGGGAAACGGUCAGGCAGUCGCCUCUGGACGAUCGGCUAGACAAGCGUGACGGAAAGAUCCCAAGGGGGCGCGAUCAUAAAAUGUGUCGCCACGGGCCCAAGGGUAUGUGCGAUUACUGCAUGCCCCUUGAUCCGUUUAACGCAAAGUAUCUCGAGGAAAAGAAAAUCAAGUACAUGUCAGUACACGCAUACCUCCGCAAAAUCAACUCUGCGACAAACAAGCCCGAGCUUGGGGCUUCGUUUAUCCCCCCGCUUGUCGAACCCUAUUACAGAGUCAAGCGGGACUGUCCAUCGGGCCAUCCUCAAUGGCCCGAAGGUAUCUGCACAAAAUGCCAGCCCAGCGCUAUCACUCUCCAGCCCCAGCCAUUCAGAAUGGUGGACCACGUUGAGUUCGCGACGCCCCAGAUCAUCGACAAGUUCCUCAAUCCCUGGCGUAUGACGGGAUGUCAACGGCUUGGUAUCCUCUACGGCAAAUAUCUCGAAUACGAUGUUGUUCCGCUCGGCGUUAAAGCUGUCGUGGAAGCCAUCUACGAACCACCGCAGGUUGACGAGAUCGACGGUGUUACUCUCAACGCGUGGGAAAACGAGAAGGAUGUCAACGAGGUAGCAAGACUAUGCGGACUGGAGCCUGUGGGUGUGAUCUGGACGGAUCUCCUGGACGCUGGCAAGGGUGACGGAAGUGCCAUCUGCAAGAGACACAGCGAUUCCUACUUCCUCGCCGCUCAGGAGAUCUGCUUUGCGGCGAGGCUCCAGGCACAGCACCCAAAGCCUACCAAGUGGAGCGAUACAGGCCGGUUCGGCUCCAAUUUUGUCACUUGCGUCAUCUCUGGCAAUGAGCAGGGCGAGAUUUCGAUCUCAGCCUAUCAGAUGUCGAACGAUGCGGUCGAGAUGGUCAGGGCAGACAUCAUCGAACCUUCCACGGACCCCGGUCAAAUGUUGGUGCGCGAAGAGGAGGAGGACGAUGGCUCAGUCAGCAGGACGCGAUACAUCCCCGAGGUGUUCUAUCGCAAGAUCAACGAGUACGGAGCAAACGUCCAAGAGAAUGCAAAGCCCGCAUUUCCCGUCGAGUAUCUCUUCGUCACCUUGACCCAUGGUUUCCCUGAAAGUCCGCGGCCGGUUUUCACGAAUGACGGCUUCCCUAUCGCCAAUCGCGAAUUUGUCGGGGAAGCCCAGGAAGCCUCAGCAGUAGCAAAGAUUCUUAAGGUGAACCAAAAGUCCGAUCAAUUCGACGUUAGCAACUUCCACUUGCUCUGCUUUAUCCGGCAGAUGAGCGUGCUGUCCAAGGAUGAGGAGGCACUCCUUUGCCGCGUAGCCACACAACAUGACCUUGCCGACGCCUUCCAACUCCGGGCGACAGAGGGGUGGAGGACCCUGCACAUGAUCUUGGAAUCCACUGGUGAGAGACUACCCAAGCGCCCCAGAACUGAGGAUGCUAGUUUUCCCUCGGUUGACAGAUCCUACCUCAGCCACCACCCAUUGAUGCAAAGGAAUCACAACUCGACGGAUGAACCACUUGCUAAGCGUUUUGCUGCUGUCAGGCUGAACGAACAUCGCCCGCCACCGCCUCCACCUCCCGAAUAGGACUCGAUGGACGUGGAUUGAGGAUACGCAUAGCUUAAUAAUGUCACCAUCAACUCCGAUCACAAGGCACGGAGCUGAGGGAUCAGGUCCUUUAACAAAAGCGACACAGGGUUUGGAGCUUCAUCUGCGGCGAAACUUUCAUUCUGGACCGACCUCGGCGGAACACAUUGAGAACAUACAAUGGACGCAUUGGCGUUGACUUUUGCUGCUUUGAGGGAAAAUAGACAUGAAUUGGGCAUCAAAUAAGACGAAAGAGGUUGAGUAAUGGAAAAGAUAUCCUAGUCUAACGAUGCUGAAGAUACUGCUCAUGUCGUAUUGUGGCUCAUGAACAUAGUUUCUAUAACAUUAAGUCACCUACAAGCAAAAGCGCCAGUGGUUUAGUGGU